AUAAUCUGCAUCCUGUCGACAUUGCCUUAUCGCCGCAUCACGUAUACGCUAUCUGCUCCGCGCAACAGUGAAGGUGUGGUUUCUCCCAUUCAACAUGGCCAGAGGAAUGUCAGCAUGCUUGACGGCCAUUUUCACAUGCACAGUACUUUUGUUAGCUGUCUCUGCCCAAACCCUACAGCCGGGUUCUUCCAUACCAACAUAUACCGUCACAACAAUACUGCACGAGCCCUACAUAAUGAUGAACCCCAAAUCUACGGACAAUUCCACUAAAUACAUUGGCAUCGUUAAGGAUAUUCUCGACAGGAUCGGUCAGAUACUCGAUGUCAACUUUGAGUAUAUCCAUGUGGGGGAUGACGAUUUCGGUCAUAGACACCGCGUCUUCGGAAACUGGAGUGGCAUGGUGGGUCAAUUGAUUCGUAAAGAAGCUGACAUCGCAGCGUCACUGAGGGUAACAUCUCAACGGGCCAAGGAUAUUCACUACUCACAGACGUUUGCAACAAGUGGUGUGAGCAUUUUACUAAAGAAGCCAAAGAUCCAUUCCCAAGCACACAACACCGCCACACUUCCAUUCCAACCAUUCACUGUUGGAAUAUGGGUGUCCAUCAUCGUGGCAUUCGUUAUUGUAUCACUGGUAUUGUACGCUAUUGGCAGGCUUAAUCCGGAGGAGCGAGUUACUGAACGUGGGGAAAAUAACAUUGCUACCGCCUUCUUCAUGACCUUCAGCAUGCUGUCAUUACAAGGAUCUCGUUUGACUCCUACCUCACAUGCUGGCCGCACCUUGGUGUGUUUCUGGUGGAUUUUUGUCUUGGUUACGCUCAUUUUGUAUGCUUCCAGUCUCACGUCCAUUUUGUUUUUGAAGUCCCCGGAUGUUGAAAAUCCACUUCCAUUUUACACCUUUGAACAAAUGACAAAGCAAUCUAAAAUAAAGUACGGCACCGCCAAAUCUGGUUCUGCGAAAAGCUACUUCAGGAAGUCCUCUGGAGCGCUCGAACGACAAAUAUACAAGCUUUGGAAAAGUAAUCCAGACCUUUGGGUGCCGUCGAUUGAGGAAGGGGUUGCCAGGGUGAAAAAUGGUAACGGGGAUUACGCUCUGGUCUUGGAUAGCGAAUUCGCAUAUUACACGGCGGCAAAAACCUGUGGCUUGGCUGUGACAGGCAAAUUGUAUUUGGAACGGUCAUACGCCUUCGCCUGUGGACCAGACACCGAUAUUUGUCGUCAGCUCGAUCAUGCUAUUCUCGAUAUGAAGGAAAACGGUGAGCUACUUAUGAUCGCAGACAAAUGGAUGAGUGGACCUUGUGGCAGCUAUGCCGACCUAUCGACGCCUGAACGCUACAUCCCGCCGACGUUGGAUGCUUAUCUAGACGUGAAACACAUGGAUAUAACACGAUUCACGUUGCCACUAGCCAGCAUAUUGUGUGGAGUGAUAAUAAGCAUUCUGGUAGCUGCAAUAGAGAAAUUCCGGUCCAAGUCCAAAGGGAUUGCCCGGGGAGCACGUAUUCCUGCACAGGAAGAUAAACAAGGCUUCAGCAACAGCCCAGACAUCGAUAUGUAGUGGGCAACCGGGAAUCCUCAAAAAUGGAACUCUUCGAUAACUUCAGUUUUGACAGUAUGCAGCUCUCAAACGUCUCCAGUGAACUGUAAACGUCAAAAAUAUAAAACGAAUAGGUGCCUUUUAUAUGUAUAUCUAUAUUUCACAGUCACGAAACAUCUAAAUAUGGUUAUAAUAUGGACACUUUAGUGUAUAACCAUCAAACUGAAGCAAGGCUAAUACUUAUUCUUGUUUGAAAUUGAUUACGUUUUCAACCUUUUAAAUAAUGUAGAAAACAAAGGUAACUUAGGUUCGGCAUGUUUAAACAGAUUUAUUAUGCUGAAGAAGAUACACAGUAUAGCUUGGUUUGACUGCUCGCUUCGAGUCUCCUUUCACGGCCGAAUGCUGUGAUCAGAGGAGGCUGGAUUUACCCUGCCUUUCAUGGGUCUAAGUCUUGUUUGUACGCCAUGCUCGAAUGUUCCACGGUUUGCUGAGCAGCACUUCUGUUGUCAGAUGCCGCUGCAACAAACUCUUCCAAUCUUAAGAUGGCUGACCUUUACGCGUAACUUGUGUCGCCAUAUUUGUGAUUUGAUGACGAUGCUAUAAGCACCUCCUAGCCUAUUGCUGCCGUACAUUGCAUACCCACAGCGUUAAUAGGAGUACAAAAGAGCAGCAUGAGUAUGAGGCGCCGUUUUACUAUCUAAUCAGUAUUUUACAUCAAGAAUUGGACUUUCUAACAUAAAAAUAGAGAGAUUUCGGACUAUAUGAUUUAAUUGUGAAAUUAUAUUACAUAGUGUCAUCGUUGCUUGAUUUGAUUUCAUGAUUAUUUUACUAGUAUAUGAUUUGAUUGUAUCAUUACAUUAUAUGAUGUCAUCAUUGUAUGA